AUGAAUUGUUUAUGUUCUGAAGAGAUACGAGCUCAAAUCUUCAAAAUAAAAGAUUGGAAAGAAAUCUGCAAAUUCACAAACGGAUCUGGUAAAUCUACAUUUAUACGUCAAAUGCGCUACGAGACUCAUAUGCCAUACGAUUCCACGAAAUAUGUGGGCAUUAUAAUUCAAAAUAUAUUCUACGCAAUGCAAACCAUGAUCGAAGCAAUGAAAGUUUUUCAGAUACCCUAUAAGACUAAAGUGAAUGCAGAACUUUGGGCAGAUGCUGGCAUACAGGAAUGUUUUAUGCGUGGUCAUCAGUAUGGUCUACUAGACUCAACGAAAUAUUUUUUCAGUCAUCUAGAUCGUAUUGCCAAUCCACAUUAUACACCCAGCAUCCAGGAUAUUUUACGAGCACGUAUACCAUCAAAAGGCUUUCAAGAACAUGUGUUUAAAUAUAAAAAUGUUGAAUUCCUUAUAGCCGAUGUGGGCUAUCAAAGUACAGAACGUAAGAAAUGGAUACAUUGUUUCGAUAAUGUUACCGCCAUCAUAUAUAUGGUGGCCAUUUCCGAAUACGAUCAAUUCUCCUUGGACUCGAAACAUGGCAAUAGUCUUAAAGAAUCUAUUGAACUUUUGAACUCAAUUAUGUCUUUUCAAUAUUUCCAAGACACAGCACUUAUUAUAGUUUUUAAUAAAUUGGAUAUAUUUGAGGAAAAGAUCACCUACUCACAUUUGGCCGAUUAUUUUCCUGAAUACUCCGGAUCACCAUCGGUUCAUGACCCAAACCCCUAUCAAAGAUCUUAUUCCGAAAAUCACCCUAAUGUACAUUUUAUACGAUAA